AAUGGAUUUGGCGAAAUAAAAUUUGUCAGUGAAAGUAUAGUGUGAUUGAUGAGAAGAGGGCGAUGGCCGAACUUUUUUGGAGGCGAAAAUUGCAGUGAGGUUCACGUUUGAUUGUCUGCUGGAGAUUGUCAAUAAGACAGGAAAUUUACAACUUGAGAUCUAAUUUUACCUUUCAUUCAAACUUCUUCUUUGGAGCUUCAGAUUUUGUUUCCAUUCAAUCCACUCACUGAAGGAUUCCCAAAUUUGAAACCCCAUUUUCCCCUUUUGAUCUUCCCUCUUUUGUGGGUCGCUUCGUUUCUCGUCCCUUCUUGGCUGCAGAUUUUGUUGAUUUUCUCUUGUGGGAAACAGUUUAACCAUUCCAUUCUGUCACAUGAACUCGUUCAAGAGUCUCCUUCUCCCCGUAUGAUUCUGGCGGCAAGUAUUGAAGAUCUUCCUCUUCCUUCUUUGGAGAAACUUGCUUAUCUGACAAAAAACAUGGUUCAGAAAUUGCAACCCAUCAAAGGUGGUGGAGGAUCCAUUAAGGUUGGAGCCACCGGAACUAUUAGCUCUCUAAUGAUGAGGGAAUUAGAGUCAAUGAGAUCAGCCUCCAAGAAGCCGGUAACUUCGAAAAACAAAUCUUCAUCUGCUACUACUACUACUAUCACUGUUUCUUCUGCUACUUCCAUUCCUAAGAGACUAGGUCAAAGUAAAUCGUUUGUAGAGGUAAGCGAUAGAAGAUAUAAUAGUGUUAAUAACAGAAGCUUUGGGAACUCUCAUAAUGCUACUAAAACUGGUUCGAGGGAUGUCCAUCGAAUGCCAAUGCUUAGCUCUAAUGAUGUUUAUACUGAUGGAAAUAGCUAUAGAGAGAAACCAGAAAGGAAAGGACUUAGAGCAGUUGCAAUUGUGGAUGUAAAGUGCAAUAACCCUGAUAGAGCUUGGGCUAGCCGCCCUCUAUCAAGUCGUCUCAGAAAACUCGGUUUUUCAAAGCUAUCAGAAACCUUUGCUUGAUUUACAUCAUACCCGACUUAUAGGCUGCUUUCUAUCUGAAUCUUUGUCGCUUUAGGAGCUUGCUGCCCCCUCCUCAAGUUUUCUUAUAGUUAGUUACAGGGUUUCAAAUGAUGUAUAGAAAGAAUGUCCUGUAAGGCUGUAAUUGACCUAGGAGGUCAGUAACUGUGAGUCUCAUUUACCCGAAAUCAAUGAUGGUAGCUUUAUAACAGACAUACUCUGCCUUGGAUCCCCCUUCAUCAGGAGGCUGGCUGUCAUUCAAGUAUCCUCUAGGCAACUUAGCGGGAUUUAUCACCUGCCCAUCCCCGGUGGGAUGGUAUACUGUGUUCUGGUUGUUGGCCAUUUCAUUUCCUUAGUCUAGAGUGAAAGAAAGCUAGCUUGGCUUUACUAUUUGAUAUGUUAUAUUUGUUCUCUUCCCAUAUUUGAGAUUUUUGUAUCCAAAACUUGUAAUAGUAAAGAUUGUCUUCGUCA